AUGUUUUCUGAAAUGGCAAAGUAUGCGAAGAAAGAACACAGUGAAGUGAUAUGGAAUUGCUUGUUUAAUGCCAUCGAUACUUUACUGAGACAGAGCAAUAUGGAUGAUGUUCUUUCUGAGAAGUUAAAAUAUUUGGUUCAAUUGACUGACGUUUGGACAGAGUGGAAACAGGGUGCAUUGCUAUUCGAUGCUGCCCAGUUACAAAAGGUCAGUACAUACUUUAGUAGCGGUACCUUUGAGUUUGUGGGUCUGAUUCUCGCUAUGGGCUCAUGGGGAAUGAAUCUGUCAAUGCUCUGCUGAAAGUCAUGGGUUUCAUCCGGAUGUUCUGGUUUCCUCCUAUAGGUUAAGUUGACAGGGUGGGUUAGGAUAAACACAGUUAAGAAAGUAAUAUUACAAUUGUUGUAAAUAUAUAGAGAAUAAUACAUGGGUGCGCGGAAAUACCAGAUUUAUUUCGAGUUUUGAACGUGAUAUUCCAAGCACACAUGUAUUUUUCUGUUUAUUAUAUAAACAAAAUUCAGUGAAAAACAAUAAAACGACCGUGGCAAUGCGUUUUACAACAAAUGAUAUUUUCACACGUAAAAAUAUUUACGUGUGUUUAAAUACGAUUUUUUCAGUGGCCAAAAGCUCUAUAUAACACUUAUGUUUAUAUAAUAAAAAAUAGUCUUGGCCUGUAUAAAUGUAGAUCAUUCACAUUCCACAUGUAAAUUUUUUGCGCUAUAGAAAUGCUAAUCUUAAUCGUAAUAAUACUGUAAUAAUGCAGCAGCCUUAAAUUCAACAGAAAAUCAAUGUCUACAACAAGUUUUUAAUUUAAUCUAAACAUUCCUUUUCAGUGUGUUACCAGUUUAAUUAAGACAAAAUCAACGUCGCAAUCUUUGAAAACUGCUACUUUAAAACUUACAUCUUCGCUUCUACUGAACAGCGCAGAACUCGAUACAGACCAAGAAACGAAAGUUUUAAAUUCAGUUUUUACAACCAAAAAUUUCUCUGUUGUCGACACGUGCAGAUUUGGCCGUAACUUGAAGCAGUGGCCAAAAUUUAUGGACACUAUUCGACCGAAACUAGUCUCUUAUUUUGAAAGGAAAAUUAUUAGCCGUGUUUUAAAUGCAAUGGAAAGACGCAAAGUGCUGCACAUGAUGACUGAAAUUGUUCUGGAUAAAAUAUCCCUUGAAGAAGGCUAUUCUGCGAGUAUGUUUGAGGAGGUAAUGUUAUUUAAUUUUCCCAAAAUGGUCGCCAAGAAAGGAGCGACUUGGUGGAAUUUGUUGUUCCAGUUGGAUUGUGAAACGUUUUCCGAAAGUGAAGUCGAGACAGCUUGGGCAUCUCUUGUCGCUUUACCAUUUACACGGUAAUUUAUUGGUAUUUUUUUAAAUGAAAUAUUUUUGUCCAAAUGGUUUGAAAUACUUUAUUAGACUCUUCUACCCCUCCUUCUCUAAUAAGCCUUCCUCCCUAAUCAACCUCCCCCUUUGUUACAUCUCUCUCUCUAAUAAGACUUUCUCUCUUAUGAACCCUUCUCUCUAAUAAGCCCCCGUCUCUAGUAAGCCUUCCUCUCUAAUCAACCUCCCCCUUUGUUACAUCUCUCUCUCUCUCUAAUAAUCCCUUCUCUCUUAUGAGCCCUUCUCUCUAAUAAGCCCCCGUCUCUAAUAAGCCUUCCUCUCUAAUAACCCCUCUAAUAAGUUUCAUUCUCUAAUAAGCUUUCCUCUCUAUUAAACUCUCCUCUCUAACAAGCCCCCUUCUCUAAUAAGUCUUCCUCUCUAAUAAGCCCCUUUAUAAUAAACCUUCCUCUGUAAUAAGUUCCCCUCUCUAAUAAGCUUCCCUCUCUAAUAAGCCCCCUUCUCUAAUACGUCUUUCUCUCUAAUACGCCAAUUCCUCUUUAAUAAGCCCCCCCCCCCAUCUCUAAUAUAAAAUCACCUCUCUAUUAUACUUCUUUCUCUAAUAAGUAUUCUUCUCUAAUAAGUAUUCUUCUCUAAUAAGCCCCCGUCCCUACAGUAGCCUUUCUCUCCAAAAUUCCCGCUCUCCAUUAGUUACAGCUGUCUGUAGUCCUCUCUAAUAUAAGCCCCCAUGUCUAAUAAGCCCUCCUCUCAGAUAUGCCCCCUCUAUCAUAACCCCCACAUAUUUUAACAAGUUCACUUUUCUACCAAUUAGUUGUUGUGUACUUCAGGAUGGUUCUGAAAUCUAAUUGUCAGAUUCGUCUCUGGUAACUUAGCCCCAACGCUACCAACACUGGACCCUCGAGUUUAGUGCAGAUUAACAACAAUAAAUACAAAAUUACUAAACGAUUGUUCAUUUCUUUCAGACCUCUUGAGGCAAAAACAGUCUUCCCAUCUCUGCUCAAACUUUUCAACCGUCUCUCCGAGGAGGCGAAAUGUUCAAGUGAAAGAACGCGAAUCUUGUUUCUUCUUUCGCAAACCGUUAAAUGUAUUUCUCUCUUGUGCAAAUUUCAUGACGUAUCUUUGGAGGAAAUUCAGACAUACAAUUCUAUCUUGGACCUUGUAAGGUAAAGAAGAUAUGCACGUAUAUACGCAUAGUCCAAAUACGAGGAGUUGGAUAGUUUUUAUCAGCUUAAAACUGUUUCUCCUUAAAACUGUUCCUCCUUUCGUCCAAUCAUCUAAUUGAUCUAUUGUUACUGCAGGCGGAAACGAAAACUAUACUAAUGUUAGCUCCAUCAGUUCUAAACUGUUCUUCGUGGAAGUCUAGUAAGAGCAAUCGGCCCCGCAAUCCUUUAUUGGUCCAGUGUUACUACAGGAGGAAUCCUAAACAAAACUAACUUUAUUUAGUAUAUUGGAUAGUUCUGUCGGUUCUAAACUGUUCUCGCUAGAGGUCCAGUAAGGAUAAUCUCUUAUUGAUCCAGUGUUACUACAGGAGGAAACCUAAACUAACUUUGUUUUUCCUGGAUAUCUCCAUCAGUUCUAAACUGUUGUCCCUAGAGUUCCAGUGAGGAUCAUCUCCUAUUGAUCCAGUGUUACUACAGGAGGAAACCUAAACUAACUUUAUUUAUAUUGAAUAGUUCUAUCUGUUCUAAACUGUUCUCCGUAGAGGUCCAGUAGGGAUCAUCACUCAUUCAUCCAGUGUUACUGCAGGAGUAAACCUAAACUAAACUAACUUCAUUUGUGCUCAAUAGUUCUAUCAGUUCUAAAUUGUUCUUCCUAGAGGUCCACUAAGGAUCAUAACUUAUACUUAAAACUUGAAAUGUGGCCUCGUUUAAUUUUGCUCCCCUCCCGAUCAUGUUGAACUAAUUGGGGAUAGUUGCCCCUCCAAAUUCUUCCCUGUUUCGUUUGCACCUGGUUUCGUUUCCUUUGGUUUACUGUAUACAGCUAUUUCAAUUAAGGUUGUCCCCCGAGCAAAGCGGAAAAGUCGAAUACGAGCGCGAAAGGCUGCUGGGAAUCGCUAAUAAAUGAAUGAAUUUAUUAGCAAUUCCCAGCAGCCUUUCGCGCUCGUAUUCGACUUUUCCGCUUUGCUCGGGGGACAACCUUAAUUGAAAUAGCUGUAUACUAUAAUUCUAAAUGGGUUGAUUAGAAUCAUGUUUCUUUUUAAAAUUUUAUCAGUUGGAUAAUGUACAAAUAGGUAUGCAUUAGUAGUUUUUAUACAUAACGUAAAUAAAUAUAAAUUAGUAAGACUUUAUAUUUAAUGAAUGACAUGUAAUAUAUACCCUUUUUAUAUCCAAAUAUUGUAAACACAUUGUAAAUUAGCGUAACUGCUACUAAAUCUGUCAAUAAACCAUUACCAAAUAUUUCUAACAUGUGUACUGUAAUUUAUUUUCUUUCAGAAAUUAUUCGUACGAUGUCCACGUGCUGCAGGCAUGCCAUGUGUACCUGUCAGUAAUCAAAGAACAAUCAUCGCAGUUGAUAUCCUCCAAUCAGAAUUUAGUUGAAUUUUACGCGUGCGUAGAGAAGAAUCUUGCGUCACAUGCCCACCUGAUCAGACUGCUGACGUUGAAAAUUUUGACAACUUUUGAACCAAUGAACAUGGAUGCUAACGAGGUUUGAAUUGAAAUGGCGAAUUAUACGUGCAUUUGUUUGAAAAUGAAAUAAACUAAACUAACUUUAUUUAUACUGGAUAGUUCUAUCAGCUCUAAAUUGUUCUCUGCAGAGGUCCAGUAAAAAUAAUAGGGAGUUUAAAGGCUGCAUUCCAGUUACGCGUUUUUCAUACGUGCGUACACGCACGUAAAAGUUGAAUUCGCUUAAAAUUUCAUGUAAGUGCAAAUAACCUUAACAAAUACACAUUAAAUCAUACACAAAACUGAAUGCUGUCCUUUUAUAAAUUUAGUUAUUUCGUAAGUAGGAUAUAAAGCGAAAUCAACUUUUACGUGCGUGUACGCACGUAUAAAAAACGCGUAACUGGAAUGCAGCCUUAAGCUUCAUGUUUCCGGGAACGGUAAACGGCAGGUUUGAACUUUCUUCGCAAAAUUUUCGUUGAACGUUUUCGUUUCACAUUCUCUUUCUUGCGUCGAAAGAAUACUUAUGUAUUUCAGUUUUAAAACAGCAAGUUAAUUUACUCUUUAUUGCCUGAUACCGUAAAAUUUUUCUUUGCUUGGCGUUUGUCGUUUGACCUAUAACGUGAAGCUUAAACUCUCUUAUUUCCCUGCAGUGUUAAUACUACAGGGAGGACGCCUUAUGGUGGAUAGUUGUAUCGUUUCUAAACAAGGGAUGGUUUCCACUCGACCUCAAGAAACAGUUAAGAUCUGAUAAAACUAUACCGUAUAAAUAAAUUUGUACAUUUAAUUUCCUUCCUAUAGUAACACUGGACCAAUGAUGGAUGUCCCGAAUUACAGGACUUCUAGAGAGAACAGUAGUUUAGAACUGAUAGAGCUAUCCAAUAUAUAAUAUUAGUUUAGUGUAGGUUUCUCCUGUGAUAACACUAAUAAAUAUCCCUUACUCAUGUGGACCUCUAGAGUGAACAGUUAACAGAACUUGGAAAAUUAUCGAGCAUAUUAAAUAAAAGUAGUAAUAGUUUAGGUUCCUCCUGUAGUAACACUGGAUCAAUAAGAGAUGAUCUUUACUGGACCUCGAGGAGGAAGAACAGGUUACUUUAGAACUGAUAGAGCUAUGCAGCAAAUUUAUUAGUAAGUGUUAAACUUAAUUGUAUAUUUUCAAGGAUGGCGACGUCGAAAGUUCAAAGUGUGGUAUUUUCGAAGAUUGUCUUGAUGCCGAGUUGGUACCCCUAACUUUUCACGAAUACCGUCGAAAGUUAAUUUUCUUACAAAAGCUCGUUUAUUCAAACACACGUCAUGCGCCUGACGUCGUGAAGGAAGCACCACUGAGGUACCUGAUUGGUAUGCUCUACUUGAACCUCAGUACCAUGUGGGAUCCCGUCAUGACCCUCAUUACCACGUACGCUGUGGAGGAGAACAAGAUGAUGUUUUGGAAAGUGUUUCAGGAAUAUCUUGCGCUGGACCCAUCACAUGCAGGUAUCGAAGCGUGAAGGGGGUGGGGGGUGGGAGAAGUGAAAAGGUGGUGGGAGAGGGAGUUUCCUUAAAUAGAUAACUAAACAGAAACAGAGUUAAGGCCAUGUUACACGGUGCAAUUUUUCUUGCAACUUGCAAUGCAAUUCUACUCUUGAGAGAUGUUAAUUAGUCAAAUCAGUGAACAAUUUUCGAUAUGUUGAGAAAACAUCAGUGCAAUUUAUGGAGUGUAAUGAAGACUCGUAUUUGGCAAUUUUACAUCUCUCAAGAGUAGAACUGCAUUGCAAGUUGCAAGAAAAAUUGCACCGUAUAACAUGACCUUUACGCAGGGUUCGUGCAAAACUUGAAAAUACUCGAAAGUCCUUGAAUUUAGAAAAAAAAAGUCAAGGCCUUGAAAGUCCUUGAGUUUAUAAACAAGUGCUUGAAAUUCCUUAAAUUAUCUCGCUUUAGUGGAUAUUUUCUGAAAUUGUUUGGCAUUAAGAAAUAUUGGAUAUUUUGUAAAUUGAUUUUGUUCAUGUAAUCAUGUCUUACUAAGGCCAAAGCUGUUUGAAGUUCAUUAAAGUUGGCAUUUGAACAAUUGAAAGUCAUUUUUCACUGAUUUCUACAGCCGCCUUUUCAGCCUUUAGUCUUUGAAUUUCCUGAUACAUGGCCUUGAAUUAAGUCCUUGAAAAGUCCUUGAAUUUAACACUUCCUGACCUGUACGAACCCUGGUUUCGGUAAAAUAUGAGAGCAGCCACUCGCGUUUAAUCACAUUGCCGGACGAGGAUGAGAGUGUAUAUAAGUUGGCAGUCCCGACCUUGCAGUUUAGAUAUUCUUAUAUAAUGCUUUUCCAACACUAUCAUGUAUUCUGUUGAAGUUAAAACAUAAUUGGAACACUCAUCGAACCUUUAUUUUGUUCAUCUAGAGCUUGAAAUGUCCCCUGUUAUAAUUCGUGACUGCCAACUUUCAGGACAAAUCUCAGCGUGAGAACCUACCUUUAAAUUAUUGUCCAAAAUCGUUGUUGUUAAUUUUAUUUUAACUGUGCUUUGACAGGAGAAAACGAAAUGUCUGAACAAACGCCCAGUUUCCCAUCCUCUCCAGAGACGCUGAAUAUGUUCUUUCAACGGGAAUUAUGGUUGUGCGUCGGACCGCGAGAAGACAACAGGGUUGACCGCCAUAAUUUCAGAUUGUUACUUUGGAAGACGAUGGCAAAGUUUCCUCAGAUAGUUGAAGCACGUUCGAGACAAGUUGUGCCGUUGUUUCUGGAGUUCGUCAGGUAUGACUUAAGGCCCAUUUCCACUCAAGAAAGAAAAUUUUGACGGAAAGAAAAUUUUGUACAAUUUGAUUGGCUGACACAAAUUUUCCGUGGGAAAAAAAUUUUGAAGUUGAAAAAUUUUAACAAUGAUAUUUUCGGAAAACUUUCUGUCCGUGGAAAUUUUUCUUGAGUGGAAAUGGGCCUUUACAGUAUAGUCUUGCACCGAAGUAUACAGAUAUGGGGUUUCGGUGUCGUAAUCGUCAGAUCAAGCGCCGUUCACUUCUGAGAUCGUGGGUUCGAUUCUCGCUACGUACUCAUGGCGCUAAUGUAAAAACAGUCAGACAAAGCUCUGUCGAAGGUUGUGUGUUUUCUGCGGAUGCUCCGGUUUCCACCACAGAGAAUGUUGACAUGGUGGGUUGGGUUUAGUCCCUAACUAUCAGAUACAUUGGCAUACCUUAGAAUUUAUACAUGAACUUGUGGUUAGAGCUCGACAACUGUCUCUCUGUAGCUCAGUUGAUUAGAGAUCGACAACUGUCUCUCUGUAGCUUAGUUGGUUAUAGCUCGACAACUGUCUCUCUGUAGCUCAGUUGGUUAGAGCUCGACAACUGUCUCUCUGUAGCUCAGUUGGUUAGAUCUCGACAACUGUCUCUCUGUAGCUCAGUUGAUUAGAACUUGACAGCUGUCUCUCUGUAACUCAGUUGGUUAGAGCUCGACAACUGUCUCUCUGUAGCUCAGUAGGUUAGAGCUUGACAACUGUCUCUCUGUAGCUCAGUUCGACAACUGUCUCUCUGCAGCUCAGUUGGUUAGAGCUCGACAACUGUUUCUCUGAAGCUCAGUUGCAUGCAUGGUUAGAGCUCGACAACUGUCUCUCUGUAGCUCAGUUGGUUAGAGCUCGACAACUGUCUCUCUGUAGCUCAGUUGGUUAGAGCUCGACAACUGUCUCUCUGUGGCUCAGUUGGUUAGAGCUCGACAACUGUCUUCUGUAGCUCAGUUGGUUAGAGCUCGACAACUGGUCUCUGUAGCUCAGUUGGUUAGAGCUCGACAACUGUCUCUCUGUAGCUCAGUUGGUUAGAGCUCGACAACUGUCUCUCUGUAGCUCAGUUGGUUAGAGCUCGACAACUCUCUCUCUGCAGCUCAGUUGGUUAGAGCUCGACAACUCUCUCUCUGCAGCUCAGUUGGUUAGAGCUCGACAACUCUCUCUCUGCAGCUCAGUUGGUCAGAGCUUGACAACUCUCUCUCUCUGCAGCUCAGUUGGUUAGAGACUUAGAGUGCUGCUCCGGGAUCGCAGGGCCGCAGGUUCGAUUCCUGCUGGAUAAAUAUAUAAAAAUUCCCCUCGAGGUUUUCAUCUACCAGAUCCUUCUACAACUAAUCAUACAGUACAUAUACAUACAAAACUUUAUUUAAACCACGCUAGCCUCAACAGGCAACAGCCGUUGGAAGGCUGGUUUCCAUGAGGGGCGUGAAAUUACCUAUUUACAAAAAAUUAACUAUUUACAAGAAAUACAAAAAUAUAACAAAAAAAACACAAGUGAUUUUAGCUGCACGAUUACACACAAGCAAAUUUCAACUCAUUCUUUGUUUUAGUAUCGAUUUGAAAGAGCUUAAGGAUUCACCAAUUUUUGCCUCAUGGGGAAGACAAAUAAACUCUGUUUAUAACCUUUUGACUCUUUCCUUUUUUAGAAAAGAAUGUUCCGUUAUCGACGAGGCCGGCCGCGUUUCCUAUCAAGACCUUACCAAAGGACAUAGUACAACGAAUGAUGUCGAUUCUCAUCCGAUGGACGUUGAAAAUAAUCCGACCGAAAACGAACGUGAUCCGACACACAGCGACAAUAAUCGGAAAGAAAUCGAACAUGAUCCAACCGACACUGACCAUGAUCCCACCGGUUCCGAAAAUGAACCGACAGAUUACGAUGGGUACGAUGGUGGUCAUGAUCCGAAAGAUUCCGAAGUUGUCCCGAUUGAGGAUGACGACACGAAUGUUAAUCAAACGGGUGUGGGCAGUAAAGGCAGAAAAAAGAAAAAUGGACAACUCAAAGCCACGACAGGCCGACCAGUGCGAAUGAAAACUUUAAGCGCUUGUCUAAAUGUGUUUGGUUUAUUUAAAAACCCUAGCAAGCUUUACCAAGAGCCUGCUAUAAAGCAGAUUUAUCUAACAUUACUGACGCAGAAAGACGGGGAAAUUCAGAAACUCGCCAUAGCAUGCUUGAUGGCAUAUAAGUUCGACUAUUUGUUGCCGUAUAAAGAAAACUUGGAUCGGUUGAUGGAAGACAAGACGUUCCGAGACGAAUUGAUGAGUUUUAGUUGUGAUGAAGACUUAAAUGUUGUCAUCGCAGAGCAUAGGACGGAGUUUAUUCACAUUCUGAUCAGGUGAGUAAACGCUGGUAUUUCAGUUAACUGACGAGGUAUGGCAGGGGGCUGCAGGCCUAGUAUAUAAAAAUAUAUAUUGUUCUAUUUCUGAAUAUUGAGCACUCUUCACUACAUACAGCUAUUUCAAUUUAGGUUGUCCCCGAGCAAAGCGGAAAAGUCGAAUACGAGCGCGAAAGGCUUGCUGGGAAUCGCUAAAAAAUUUAUUAAUUUUAGCUGUCGAAAACGUAGGCCUUACUUCCAAAUGCGAUUUGAAGUUAAUUUUGCCGUUUACGUUUAGCGAUUUGCCAUAAACGUCAAUCUUAAAGUCUCUAUUAUUAGCCGAACAUACAAUCUUGGCAAAAAUUCCGUGGACACUGCAUGAGGUGUAGACUAAAGUAUUACUCUUGGCAUACACUUGUUGGCGUCUUUGUCUCCCUCACUCCCCCCGUACAAUGUUGGUCUUGACAUGCAUUUCGCAAAGCUUUCACCUAACCAAUGUAUAAGCUUUCAACAUUGAACCGGGGGGAGGGGGAAGUUAAACAUUGCUGUUUUGCACGCGUAUAUAUUGGCCAAGGAUGAUAUAUAUUUCUGUUCCCGCGCGCGCUGUCCACAAUAAUUUUUGCCAGGAUUGUAGUGACCGCAAGUCCUUGUAUACAUAUACUUGUUUUGUAGAAUGCUGUACUGUUUCGUAAAACCGCGAUUUAGUUAUUUGCCAUCUUAAAUUUUGAAGUUACCUUGUUAAAGAAUGAAAGUAAAUGACACAUUAUAAAGAGUACAGAGCUCAGUUGUGUUGCUAUCUAAUCAAUGUAUAUAUAUAUACACUUGUUAAUUUGGAUUAACUUUAAGAUUGACCUCCCAACAGCCGCCUACUUUAUCAAAACACACACCAACUCAGAAUAAUUUAUAAAUUAUUUGUUUUGUAGAAUACUGUACGGUAAAAUGCAGAGGUGGACUGGAGCGGGAACGCGCGGGAAAUCUGGGUCCGGUGCCCGACGUUCGCUGAUAUUGCGUUUCUUGAAUAGUUGCCAUGGCGAUGAGAUGAAAGUGUUUAUAGACCUGAUCAGUAAUGGUUUUAAAGAAAUUUACGGUUAGUUAAAACUGUAAGGCGUGGAUAUUUUUAUUUAGUCAGUAAAUCAUUCAGCUGAUAAGCUCAUUACAUAAUUAAUCAUUCAAUUAAGUUGACCUCAUCAGUUGUUGGUUAAUUAAAAAAAAAUCGAUCAAUAGAUGAAACGGUCACUCACUCACUCAGUCAUAUCAUACGAUCAAUCAACGUUAUCAUUCAAACGGCGAUCAAUGAAAGAAUAAAUAGAAUUAUCGAUUAUUCGAUCAGUGGAUAAAUUAAUAAAACUAAUUAAAUCAAGCCAUUGAUUAUUCAGUGAUUUUUCAAUCAGUGGAUAAAUCAAUGAAACAAUCUAUAAAUCAAGCCAGAAACCUAGAAACAUUUAGAUUGAGUGCAUAUCUAUUGUUUUUCUUCAGAAGGAGAACGAUCGAUGUCUGUUAUUUCCCUCUCAAAAGUGGUUCCAUUACGAAAGCAACUUGGUUUCUUGAACAUGUUCUCGCAAUUGAUCGAAGUACUUGGAACUCAGGCCUCUCAAUAUUUACCUCGGUUGCUUGAGAUCUUGUUCUACUGUUUGCAGAUAUGUAAGGAUGCUUUGGAACAACGAGGGAAGGUUAGGGACAUACCAAUUUGUGGGACAUUUUGUUGGAGGAUAUUUACUCCUUUUGCUUGGGUUAUGCCCAAGCACAAUAAGAGAUGACCAUUAAUGUUUUCUAGUACAAGUAAAAUUAGUUAAUUUUGGUUUCCUCCUGUAGUAAUACUAGAGCAAUCAGGGAUGACCCUUACUGGUUCUCUAGGAAGAACAGUUUAAAUAUUAUUAAACUGUCCAGUAUAUAAAAAAUUAAAUUUACUUUCGUUUAGGUUUCUUCCUGUAGUAACACUAGAUCAAUAAGGGAUUAUCAUUGCUGGAGCUGUAGGGAGAACACUUUUAAACUGAUAGAGGUUUCUUACUGGACGUCUAGGGUAGGAAAUCUCUGUCAGUUUAAAAUUAGUAGUUUUUAAUUAGUACUUUUAUUUUUAAAUAAUUUUUAGGUCGAUCCGCGGUGUUUGUCAAAUCUCAGAGCCGUUCGUCAACUUGCCAUCAAAUGCUUGACAAAGUUUUUUGAAAGAUUUCCAAAUGACGAUUUCUCAUCGACUGUGGAUAAGGUCUUCAAAUUAGUAAUUGCACCUCAGGUGGGUGACAUGUGAAUAAUGUGACUCGAAAUUAGAAUGUUUGGGCUAUUAGUAAUAUGCACCUCAGGUGGGUGACAUGUGAAUAAUGUGACUCGAAAUUAGACAUGUUUGGGCUAUUAUUGCAUAAAUAUCCUUUGUACCUCUUUGACCGGGGUUAAAUAAAGUUAGUUUUUAGUAUAGGUUUCCUAUUGUUAUAACACUGGAUCAAUAAAGGAAGACUUUUACUGCACCUCUUGGUGGAAUAGUUCAGAACUGAUAGAACUCAUCCAGUAUAAAGAAAGUUAGUGUUUAUUUUAGGUUUCUUCCUGUAGUAACACUUGGUCAAUAAGAGAUGAUCCUCAAUGGACCUCUAGGGGGAACUGCUUAGAACUGAUAGAACUAUCCAGUAUAAAUAAAGUUUGCUCAGGUUUCCUCCUGGCAUAACGGCAUAACCGGAUCAAUAAGAGAUGAAUUUUACGGGAUAUCUAAGAAGAACUAUUUAGAAAUGAUCCAGUAGCAACAAAGUUGUUUAGUUUAGGUUUCUUCCUGUAGUAACACUAGGUCAAUAAGAGAUUGCUCUUACUAGACCUCAAGGAAAAGCAGCAUAGAACUGAUUGAGCUAACCAGUAUAAGUAAAGCUGGUUUAGUUUAGGUUCCUUUCUGUAGUAAAAGUGGACAGGAUCAAUAAGGAAGGACCCUUGCGGGAAGACUUAGAGAAGAAUGACUCUUGUAGAGGUAACCAGUAUGAAAAUAGUUCACUUUAUGUUUAUCCUUUCUCAACAUAGAUCACAAAAUUGCGUUCCGAAGCACUUCAAAGUCCAACCUCAUUGCUUCGUCUUCUGAACGUUUGGAGCAAAAACCCUCGACUACAUCAUCUGCUGGCCCACGUACCUGCAGGCUCAAAUGAAGGACUACUUUCGCACGUAUUUGCAUGUCUGACGUCAGAUCACGUGUGCUCGCCCGUUGUUACCAUGGUAAUGGAAAUGGCUGAACGUCUGUUGGCAAGCGGCGAGGCUCAGUCUGGUCCCGAUGGAGAAAGUAACCUCGGCAAAGUGUCUCGUGAAUUAGGGUAAGAGAUGGAUUUUUGCAAUAGGGAUAUGCAAGGCUUUCAUAAACAUUAAGAUUUUAGGCAUUCGCUGAGCCCAAAGUGAAAUGGUGACUCAUUAGUAAAAAGGUUCAACCACUUUGAGAAUGCUACAACAGUCUGCUUUAUAUAUUCUCGCAAAUUAUUGUCAUCUCAUUUUAUAAAACUCCAGUACAGUCUUAACGUAAUGGUCUUACGUACUCUUCAUUGUAUGGGGAAAAGGUCCUUAAUUAUUAAGAUUUUGAUAUAUAACACUUAAAUCUACUUGCAAUAUUGACUGCGCUAUUGAUGUUUGAACGUUGAAGUACUGUUUUUUUUAAAUGCCAAAAAUUAGCAUUAAACAAUUACCGAUGUAAAAUAAUAAGUAUUUUUAUUUUGGUUGUAUCUCGCUCAAUAUUGCAUGUAAAUUCAAGUGUUAUAUAUCAAAAUCUAAGUUAGUCCUUUCGGAAUGCAAUGAUCUUUAUUUCAUUGCGAUAGCUUUUAUAGCUUUUACGUUACAUGAAAUUAAACAGUGUCCAGGUUUUUUGGGACACCCGGUAACUGUGGAAGGGUUUUGUGGAAUUUGUAUGAAAUUCACACUGGAAAUUUCCAUCGACAAAAUCCGCCUACAAUCAGUUAUAUCAAGAGGCCCAAAAUCCUGGUUUUAUUGGAUGGUUCCAGCUAUAGAGUAAAUUUUGAUCUAGGCAAGAAGAACAAAAUCCAUCACCACAGCUAGAAAAAGAGCAUUGGGCUAGUAUUCCAAAGGUCGUAGGUUCGAUUCCCACCGUGGCCGGGCAUAUUUUUCAAGCUCGCCCGGUGUGGGUAUACACUCAGAGUAACUCCAUAAACAUCACAUUCACCUGAGUACACAACACCAACACAGAAAAAAAUAGAAAGAGCAUGUUAAAAUUCGUAAAAUUGCAAAUUUUCGCCGCGAAAUGUUGUAAAAUGCGGAAAAUAUAGCCCUGCGAAAUUGUAUUACGUGCGGGAAAAUGCACUACAUUUGGCUGAAAGAAUUCGCAACCAAACUCUGUAAUUUUACUAAUUUUAACAUGCUCUUUCUAGCUGUGGUGAUGGAUUUUGUUCUUCCUGCCUAGAUCAAGACUUAGUGUAUAGCUGAAAUCAUCCAAUGUAUUUCUUUAUUUUAUCAGCUCUGAGGACAUAUCACAAGACACCACCAUUCCCUACGGCACCCAACUUGUCCUACCCAACGUCUUAAUCAUACUGAACUUUCUCAGUAAAUCCAUCGAGCGAACUACCAAAGAUUUUUCCAAAGCUAAAGGAAAACUGGGCAAAAUUUCGCCUGUAUCAAAUGUCGAACUUUCCGUGUUGUCAAAAAUUAGCCCCCAUAUCACAGAUUCCGAGCAGUCUCUCAUUCUUGUCCGCCUAAUGCUUCCAAUUCUGAACGCAACUCAAAAGGAGGAAUCGCAGGUCGGCAUGCUGAAAUCGAUUAAAAAUCUUCUACAAAAUUUGGAGGAUCCAAUGGUUUUCUAUGGGCAGUUCUCAAGACUAUUUUCCAGUCUUCGUGGAAGAGAGGCGCGGACAGAACUUUGCAAGGUGUUCUUGAGCAUAGCUGGGAAAAAUGGGUCCGUAUCCGAGCAUGCGCAGUUGUUACAUGGACUCAAUUCGUGGAAUAAGAAGCAGCUGGAUGAACCAGAUUUUGAAAGAAGGUAACGCUUGUUUUUACAGUAAGGAUAUUUCCGUGGUGGAGAAUGUCUGCAUUAGAGAGAUGUCUGUAUUAGAGAAGUUUGUGUAUUAGAUAGGUGUCCGUAUUAGAGAGGUAUCUAUAUUAGAGACAGAGAGGUGUCUGUAUUAGAGACGUUUGUGUAUUAGAAAGGUGUCCGUAUUAGAGAGGUGUUUGUAUUAGAGAGGUGUCUGUAUUAGAGAGGCGUCUGUGUUAGAGCGGCUUCUGUAUUAGAGAGCUGUCUGUAUUAGAGAGAUGUGUCCGUAUUAGAGAGAUGUCUGUAUUAGAAAGGCGUCUGUAUUAGAGAGGUGUCCGUAUUAGAGAGGAGUCCGUAUUAGAGAGGUGUCGUCCGUAUUAUAGAGGUGUUUGUAUUAGAGAGGUUUCUGUAUUAGAGAGGUGUUUGUAUUGGAGAGGUUUCUGUAUUAGAGAGGUGUCCGUAUUAGAGAGAUUUCUGUUAAUGAGAGGUGUCCGUAUUAGCAAGGUGUUCGUAUUAGGAAGGUAUCUUGCAUUUUAAGGAGCUUUCGAUAUUAAACAUCUUCGAGCGAGAGAUUGAUUGAAAUGUACUUAUGUUUACUCUUCAAUAGGUUAGACUCGUUUUCAAAAGCCGGAAAGUUGGUACAAGAAGCAGAGGCUUGUCCCGAGUUGGUUAUGCCGUUAUUACUCAAUGCUACAUAUACGGCGAUGAGCACCAGUGACUUGGCCUUGAGGUACAGUGCAAUGGGAUUUGUCAGGACGAUGGUCGAUACGGUAGAGAAAAAAGACGAUGGUCAAUCUGGAAACUGGUUUGAUGUUCUGGUUGUCGGAUGUUUAUUACCCGCUCUGAAAGAGGCUGUCAAGUUGAAAGUGGAGGUAUUGUUAUAUAGCUACAAUCAGUUUCAAAAGUCUUGGGACAGAUGCCACAAAACCUUUGAAUUUCAACAAAACGUCAUCCCCCCCCCGACCACUGUUCAAUGUUGUGUCCCAUUUCUCGUCAGGUUUGAUGUGUUUUGGUUGGAGCAACAUUGAUUGGCGUGGGGGGAGCGGAGCGGUAUUGUGUGUAAAAAACUGUAAUGAUCCACUUACAAUCUAAAACUACAUGUGUUCCAACAACUUCUGAAAGUGAUUGGGUGAACACUAAACGUGAUUGGCCGAUUUGUGGUCACGUGGCUUUAGAUAAAUGCAAUGUAUCCCGCCGGAUAACAAGUGAAAAAUGUGAAAAAUGUAACAAGUGUAACAAGUGAAGGAUUGGAUAAUUUGCACAUCUAUAAUAUCUUUUCAGGGUGCUAGAAACGAAUUUGUUUUGGUGCUAGGAAGCUUGGUUAAAAAGUUUGAGCACCCGAAAUUGAAUGAGCUCAGACCACUUGCGAACGAUGAUCCUGAAGUAGAUUUCUUUGAAAAUAUUGUUCACAUACAGGUAAUUGUUUAUUGGUGCAUAUAUAUUGUCUAAGUAUAGCGAUUUCUUGUCAGUCGUUUGGGGGAAUGAAAAUGGAUUAUUUACGACCAAAGAUAUACUGUAUUUUACCAGGGAUUUUACGUGUGAACAUUAUCGUUUUGAUUGCUCGGACGAUUUUCUGAUUCUUUUCAAGUUAUUUUAAUUGUCAUCAUUCAUAUUGUAUAUGUAUCCAAAUGUGCUGAAACUUUUUGUACCUACUAGUUUCGAGCUACUAGUUUCGAGCUACUAGUUUCGAGCCAUUGGUGAAGUUCAUUGUUUCAUGUCGUUACUUUUUAACACCGGAUUCCAGUCUGCUCUUCAACAACUAAAAAUUGUUUGUUUAUUUAUCCUAGGUUCAUCGUCGUAUCCGAGCCUUGCGUAGGUUCUCAAGCGCCUGCGCAGAAACGACGUUCUCAAACCAUACAUUGUCGUCCAUCAUUCUUCCACUGGUCACGCAUUUCGUGUACGAGUACAAGGCUGUGAAAGAUCAUAAUGUCGUCACUGAGGCGAUCAAUGCAAUAUCUGCCAUAGCAACGCAAUUGUCGUGGCCUAAAUAUUCCGCGUUGUUACGUCAUUAUUUAAGACUGUUGCCGCGGGAAAAAGAAAUUCAAAAAAUCAUUGUAAGGUAAGGUAUAAAUAUAAACUAAGAUAUAGUGUUUUAUUCAAUAACUGUCUGUACCAGUGUAGGUAGUACCAGUGUGAAAAUGCUGUGCUGAGUGGUUAUAUUACUACCUUGAAAAACAAGCAGAAACUCGACGUUUCGAGCGAAGGCCCUUCGUCAAGAGUUAGUGUACUACUACUAACUCUUGACGAAGGGCCUUCGCUCGAAACGUCGAGUUUCUUAUUCAAUUAGCUUUUCUCACGCCGCCAUUUUUGGGUGGCAAUCCAAAUUUUUUAGAACAGCGAUAGUAAGCAGUGAAAAUGAAACUUUCUAAAACUAUAGUUGUAAGUAUAUUCAUUAUAAAUCGAUUUACAGUUAAAUAGGCGAAAAAAUUAUUUUCACAUCGCUUAGAUUUUUCACAUUGUUUAUAAAAUAGUACCCAAAAAUGGCGGAUUUAGACCUUCGUGAGAAAGGUCUAUACACUGCAUGAAUUUUGAGGUUUGAGAUAUCUUUUUCUGGUAGUUCAGACACAGACCAUGACAGCUUAAUGCAGAAUAACAUUUAGUCACUAAAAUAUGUUGUGCAUGACUGUAUAACAUCGCUUUAUUUUUUUCCAGAAUCGUUGUGUCCAUAUUAGAGUCAUUUCAUUUUGAUCUCACUACUUUGCAAGAAACGGAUAUUGCGGGUAAAUGAGAAUUGGAUUCCCAGCUGGAUCUCUCUUACUGAACUUCUAAGAAGAACAGUUUGGAACUACUAUAGAGCUAUCCAGUAUAGAUAAUAUAUUUAGUUUAGGUUUCCUCCUGUAGUAACACUGGAUCAAUAAGAGAUGAUCCUUACUGGACCUCUAGGGAGAACAGUUUAGAACUGAUAGAGCUAUCCAGUUUAAGUAAAGUUAGUUUAGUUUAGGUUUCCUCCUGUAGUAACACUGGAUCAAUAAGAGAUGACUUUUACUGGACCUCUAGGAAGAACAGUUUAGAACUGAUAGAGCUAUAUCCAGCAUAAAUAAAGUUAGUUUAGUUUAGGUUUCCUCCUUUAAUUUGGAUCAAUAAGAGAUGAUACUUACUGAACCUCAAGGGAGAACUCGUGUUUAGAACUGAUAGAGCUAUCCGGUGUAAACAGUUAGUGAUUUGGUGAUUUAAUUAUAUAUUUUUUUCAAUUACAAUUUUAUUAUUUUCAGGUGAAUUUGAACCUAGUGGUGCGACCAAGACUCGCGUAGAGAACGGCAAGGAGACUCCUGAGGAUGUCGAGGAGAAUGAUGAUGAAGAGGGUGAAAAUGUGGAUAAGAGUAGAGAGGAUGUUGAAUGCCCCAUGAAACUGAAGUUAAAAAUUCAUUCAAGUAUUACAACGAAAAUCUUGCCGCAACUUCAUAAGUGCUUAACGAAGAAGGUUCGUUAGCUGUUGUUGCUUUUCUCGCGAAAAUUUCUCGAAUUUCCACAGAAAAAAGCCAGAACUCCGUUUUCAAAUGCCAGAACUCCCUUUCCAAAUGCCAAAAUGCAGUUUUCAAAUGCCAGAACUACCUUUUGAAACGCCAGAAUUCUGUUUUCAAAUGCCAAAACUCGGUUUUGAAAUGCCAGAUAUACCGUUUUGAAAUGCCAGAACUCCGUUUUGAAAUGCCAGAACUCCGUUUUCAAAUGCUAAAACUCCGUUCUCAAAUGCCAGAACUCCGUUUUAGAUGCCAGAACGUUAACUACCUUUUGAAACGCCAGAAUUCUGUUUUCAAAUGCCAAAACUCUGUUUUGAAAUGUCAGAUCUACCGUUUUGAAAUGCCAGAACUCCGUUUUCAAAUGCUAAAACUCCGUUUUCAAAUGCUAAAACUCUGUUUUUAAAUGCCAGAACUCCCUUGUCAAAUGCCAAAACUCAGUUUUCAAAUGCCAGACCUUUAGUCAAACGCCAGAACUCCGUUCUCAAAUGCCAAAACUCAGUUUUCAAAUGCAAGAACUACCUUUCAACGGCCAGAACUCCGUUUUCAAAUGCCAAAACUCAGUUAGUUUCAAAUACGGCCUUACUACCUUGCUUAUAGUUCGUUAAUAUGUCGGAUCUUAAACGUUAUCAAACUGUAUUUACACUUUAGAUUCAGUCGAGUGAUUUCCAUCGCCUGAGUGGUAGAAAGGAGGAUGACGAGGACGAAAUACUACGAGUUCCCAUCGUAUUGGCCAUGAUUAAACUGUUGCAGUCUCUGCCCAAGAAAACGCUGGAAACAAACCUACCUGGGUAAGUCUGUUAUCAUUUCAUGGUAAAAAUUUCUAAUCUGUUAACGCACGUUGACACCCCUUGUCAUGCAAAUCACAUUUUUGGAAAACUCGCAUACCCAGUUACCACCGGGAAAAUGUCAUUCUAGGAAACAAAUAGUGUUUCCGAGUUUGUCGGAAGGCAAUUUUUGCUUUCAAAAAAGCGAAAUUUGUUUCCGAAAAAAAU